AUGACAGUCAGUAAUCAGACCCUAGUAAAAAUUGGGGCUAUCGGAGGUGUAGCUACAAUAAUUAUGGGUUUCCUAGCGCGAGACAAUAUGCAGAGCAAAAUCAAAGGAGCCCCCUUUUACAAUGAAGCUAUGAAACUAGUCCGCAAACAUCCAGGGGCCGUAUCUUUACUGGGGGAACCGAUAAAGGAGGGUAGGAUUGAUGUGGGAAAUAAAGAAAACUUUGUGAAUGUAGAGGAAAACUUGGCUAAAUUCAAAGUGCCAUUGAAAGGCCCCAAACAAAAGGGUACUAUGUUUUUGACGGGUACAAAGCAGGACAAUGAUGAACAGUGGAGUAUAGGUUGCAUCGAAUUGGAAGUAGCCAGUCACCCAAAUAAAAGACUUUUAAUUAUUAAUAAUAAUACGAGUAGUUGA